AUGAGUGCUUUACCUAGAUUGUCGCAGACUUUGCUCCGGACCAACUUUGGUUCACUUACCAAGUUGUCCGUUGCUCGUUAUCAUGAGAAUGUUAUUGAUCAUUAUGAAAAUCCAAGAAAUGUUGGAAAUCUUGAUAAGAAUAAGAAAAAUGUCGGAACUGGUCUUGUAGGAGCCCCUGCAUGUGGUGAUGUGAUGAAGAUGCAGAUUGAAGUUGAUGACGAAGACCGUAUUGUCAAUGCUAAGUUCAAGACCUUUGGUUGCUGUUCUGCUAUUGCCUCCAGUUCUCUAGCUACGGAGUGGAUAAAGGGCAAGACUCUCGACGAGGCUUCUAAUAUCAAGAACACAGAUAUUGCUAAAGAGCUUCGUCUUCCCCCUGUUAAACUGCAUUGUUCUAGUAAGUCGUUAGAUUUAUCGAUUUGCUUGUAUAUUUAA